AUGGAAGAAAGAAAAUGGGAAGAUAUGAACGUAGAUUGUUUGGUAAACAUUUUUGGGAGGCUGGAACUACAAACAAGGCUUCAAGCUGUUCCGCUUGUAUGCAAAACAUGGUACAAGGCACUUCUCAAUCCCUCAUGUUGGGAACACCUUAUUUUUCCUCAAAUGAUCCCUAGGCUGACUUCGCAGACUGAACUGAUGAAAUUUGUUGUGAAUCGAAGCCAAAGACGUGCCACAAUUCUUGUACUACCGUAUUCUUGUAAUAGAGAAGAGCUCCUAUAUGUUUCUGAGGAAUGUUGGUGCUGUCACCACGUCAUCCCAAGCCUCAUCAUAAAAUGGAAGAAUUUGGAAGCCUUAAAGCUGGGAAAUCCAAUUUUUAUUAAUGAUAUUCUUGAGCCUAUUCCCAUUGCUUUACUGGAUUUGAGAAACUGCUCGGUAGGUGGCGAAGCAGCAGCAGCCAUUGUGUCACAUUUUCCGAAACUCAAGCGUUUGAUCAUGAACGAGUCCAUAGUUAACAAGGAAGAUCUUUUACUAAUCAUGCAGGGCUGCAAACAACUUGACCAUCUCCAUGUCCGAAACUGCAGUGGGUUUGACGAGGGUGAUGAAGAUAUCCUCAGGCUUUCUUCUGGUAUCAAACAUUUUAUGAGUGAUGGUUCCAAAGAAAUGAGUGGGACCAGGACUCCAGGAGGGUUGGCUCUGAGAUUGCCUCGUUUGAAGUUGUUGGCGCUGUCACCACGUGUAUGCGCUGAGCACAGAGACAUUAUCCCAAGCCUCCUCAUAAAAUGGAAGAAUUUGGAAGGCUUAAAGCUGGGAGAUUUAACAUUUGUUGAUCAAAUUCUUGAGCCUAUUCCCAUCCAUUUGCCUUAA